AUGGCUUCCUCAUCCUCUGCUUUCUCUGUCAUCUCCAUUGACUCCGAGACAACUCGAGAGAUGACCCCGAAGUUCGACCCCACAGCUGCCGAUGAGGAGGGGAAUUUCUCCUCCUCGGAGGAAGAAAUCGAGGGCACGUCGAUCGAGGAAGUCUCGGCAGCAGGAGGCUUCCUGCGUGGUGGGUCGUCGGAGGACGACGAAGAUGAUGAUGAUGAUGAAGAGACUGAAGGCGGCAGUAGCUGCAGUGGUGACAGUGGCGGGGAUGAUGGCAGCGACGAGGACAGCGACACCAGCACAGCCCCUCCGAUCAAGCGCCGCAAGGUCUCAGGCACUUACUGGUGGUAG